UGAGAACGGCUUCCACGGGCUUCCACCUUCCUUCGCUAUUGUGUCCGCAAAGAAUAUGAAAAUAAUAUAUUACACAUAGUGCAUAUAGUUUUUCUAAUACACCAUACACUUAUAAAAUAAAUAAUAACAAACAUUUGAAGUACAUCAGGUUAAAAUGCCGGAAGGUGUAGAAAAUUUAGAUAUCAUAGUUCUAGGAGAAUUAUAUACAUCGGAGAAGAAUGGUAGUGAUGAAACAGGAGAUGGAACUGCAGAUCGCCCUUUCAAAACAAUUCUUCAAGCCAUGAAACAUGCUGGUAAGGAGCCAUUUCCAACGAUAUAUGUUGAUGCAAAGGAACCAGAGAGUGGUGAGAAAUAUGAACUCGCUGCCAAAUCUCAACUCAAGAAAAUACAAAAAAUAUGGGUGAGAGAUACAUAUAAAAAUGCAGAUAAAUUAAAGAAAGAGGAAGAGGAUGCAAAGAAACGAGAACAGAAUCUGAUGGAAGCUAAAAAGAUUCAAAUUCAAGAAGACAAAAAUUUACCAACCGCUAAAGUUAUAAAAAUUAAGCAAGGUGAAUUUCAUCGAGAUUGCCGAGUUAAGAUUUAUGGGUGGGUGCAUCGUUUGAGACGUCAAGGAAAGGCUUUGAUGUUUAUUACUUUGAGAGAUGGUACAGGGUUUCUUCAGAGCGUUCUGAAUGACACUCUUUGCCAAACAUAUGAUGCUUUGGUUUUAUCUACUGAGUCAUCUGUAUUGUUAUAUGGCACUUUGAAGACGGUUCCUGAAGGCAAAGUCGCACCAGGUGGUCAUGAAUUACAAGUCGAUUAUUGGGAGCUGAUAGGACUUGCUCCAGCAGGCGGUGCUGAUACUGUAUUAAAUGAGGAUGCCAAUCCUGAUGUUCAAUUAGAUAACAGACAUAUUAUGAUCAGAGGUGAGAAUACGGCUAAAAUUCUCAUGAUGCGAGAUGUCAUAACUACUGCAUUUAGGGCACAUUUCAAAGAUAGAGGUUACUGUGAAGUCUUUCCUCCAACACUUGUGCAAACACAAGUGGAGGGUGGAAGUACCUUAUUCAAUCUAGAUUAUUUUGGGCAACAAGCAUAUUUAACCCAGUCUUCACAACUUUAUUUGGAAACCUGUUUGCCUGCAUUGGGUGAUGUUUAUUGUAUAGCUCAGAGUUAUCGGGCUGAGCAGAGUCGUACUAGAAGGCAUUUAGCAGAAUUCACACAUGUUGAAGCAGAAUGUGUGUUCUUGACAUUUGAUGAUUUAUUAGAUCGUUUAGAGGAUUUAGUUGUCGAUGUAGUUGAUAGAGUGCUAGCAUCUCCAUUAGGAUACAUUGUACAUGAACUUAAUCCUGAUUUUAAACCACCAAAAAGACCAUUUAAAAGGAUGGAUUAUGGUGCUGCCAUAAAAUACUUGAAAGAAAAUAAUAUCACUAAAGAUGAUGGAACAUUUUAUGAAUUUGGAGAGGACAUACCAGAAGCUCCAGAGCGCAGAAUGACGGAUGCAAUCAAUGAACCUAUAAUGCUUUGUCGUUUUCCAGCAGGAAUUAAAUCAUUCUAUAUGUCCAAAUGCCCUGAGAACAAAGAACUUACUGAAAGUGUUGAUGUACUGCUACCUGGUGUAGGAGAAAUUGUGGGUGGUUCAAUGCGUAUUUCAGAUAUUGAUGAAUUACUCAAAGGUUAUGAGCGAGAUGGAAUUGACCCUACUCCUUAUUACUGGUAUACUGAUCAGCGCCGCUAUGGUACAACGCCCCAUGGAGGUUAUGGUCUAGGCCUCGAACGGUUUCUUUGCUGGUUGCUCAAUCGGUACCACAUUCGUGAGGUAUGCUUGUAUCCACGAUUUUUAGAUCGCUGUGCGCCAUAAA